GUAACGGAAAACACCGCGAGGAGAGGAGACUGCAAGGAUCCAUCCAAACAGAAGCACCUGAGUGGGCCGCCCUGCCCUGUCGUCUCUCCGUCUCCCCGCCUCCGUCUCCCAAAAUUGAUUAAUCGCCGAUACUUUGAGAAUUCACAGUAAUAGCUUCCCCCCAUGGAACCCUAAUUGUAACUGCAAAUCCUUCUUUUUCUCAAUCAUGGAGUUACCCAAGACCUAGAGAGAGAGAGAGAGAGAGAGUGUUUGUGUGUGUGUGUGUGUGUGUGUGUGUGUUGAUCAAUGGGGGGACAAUCGAUCAUGGACUCGCUGUUCCAGCGGAACCUAGAGGACCUGAUCAAGGGCCACCGGCUCCAACUCGUCUGCGAGCCGGCCUUCAUCUCCAAGGCCCUGGAGGAGAUCCGGCGCGAGAUCAAGUCGACUGAUCUCCAGACCAAGUCCACCGCCCUCCAGAAACUCACCUACCUCCGUUCGCUCCACGGCGUCGACGACACCUGGGCCGCCUUCCACGCCGUCGAGGUCGCCGCCUCCUCCCGUUUCCACCACAAGCAGAUCGGAUACCUCGCCGCCGCCCUCUCCUUCCACUCCGCCACCGACGUCGUCCUCCUCCUCACGCACCAGCUCCGCAAGGACCUCUCCUCGUCCAACCCUUUCGAGGUGAGCCUCGCCCUCCAGUGCCUCUCUCUUAUCUGCACGCCCGACUUGGCUCGCGAUCUAACCCCCGAAAUCUUCACCUUACUCUCGAGUUCCAAGCUGUUUAUUCGUAAGAAAGCCAUUGCUACUCUUUUAAGGGUUUUUGGGGAAUAUCCGGAUUCAGUCAGGGUUUGUUUCAAGCGUUUGGUUGAGAACUUAGAGAGUUCCGAUUGGCAGACAGUUUCCGCAGUCGUGGGUGUUUUCUGCGAGCUUACGGCUAGAGAGCCGAAAUCGUAUCUCCCGUUGGCGCCUGAGUUCUACAGAAUUCUGGUUGAUUCGAUGAACAAUUGGGUGCUGAUUAAGGUUUUGAAGAUAUUUGCAAAGUUGGCCCCUUUGGAGCCUAGGCUGGCAAAGAGGAUUGUGGAGCCAAUUUGCGAGCAUAUGAAGAGGACUGGGGCGAAGUCAUUGGCGUUUGAGUGUAUUCGAACUAUAGUUACUAGCUUGACUGAUUAUGAAUCUGCAGUGAGGCUUGCUGUUGUGAAGGUUAGGGAGUUCUUGAUUGAUGAUGAUCCGAACAUUAAAUGUCUUGGAUUACAAGCUCUUUCAAUAGUUGCGCCUAGGCAUUUGUGGGCGGUGGUGGAGAAUAAGGAUAUAGUGAUUAAAUCUGUGAAUGAUACUGAUCCUAAUGUCAAGCUGGAAGCUUUGCAUCUCAUGAUGGCAAUGGUGUCUGAGCAUAAUGUGGCUGAAAUCUGUAGGGUUUUGGUUAAUUAUGCGCUGAAAUCUGAUCCAGAGUUUUGUAAUGAGAUUCUUGGGUCAAUACUAUCAACUUGCUCUCAAAAUGUUUAUGAAAUUAUUGUUGAUUUUGAUUGGUAUGUAUCACUCCUUGGGGAAAUAUCGAGAAUCUCUCAUUGCCAAAAGGGGGAAGAAAUUGAGACUCAGCUGAUCGAUAUUGGUAUGAGAGUGAAGGAUGUAAGACCAGAGAUAGUUCGUGUUGGCCGUGGUCUACUUAUUGACCCUGCAUUGCUUGGUAACCCUUUCUUACAUAGGAUAUUAUCUGCAGCUGCUUGGGCGUCAGGAGAGUAUGUUGAGUUCUCAAAGAAUCCAAUUGAGCUUAUGGAAGCGCUGUUACAGCCACGUACUAGUCUCUUGCCACUGUCUAUCCAAGCUGUAUAUAUUCAGUCUGCAUUUAAGAUAUUAAUCUUUUGUCUACGUUCUUAUCUCAUCCCAAAGGAAUCUAUUUCUUCUUCCUCUUCAUCUGCUGAUGAUUUGGAGCCAGGAGUAAUGGAUUCAAUCUCUGAAGAGGAAUGUCUAGAGAGUUCCAAUUUAACAUUGUCGGAAUCUCUUCCUGGAUCUGAACAGGAUAGAGAUUUCAAUCCAAGGGGUUUAUGUCAAUCAUUUGAAGAUCCUCCUGUUGAAAAUGAUGGGGAUACAGUGGUUGCUCCUGGACCAAGUUCUUUAUCAUUUUCUUUGAAGAAAGAACAGUUUAGACACUUGCUGGAUCUUGUUAAAACUGCUUUCCGCCCAUUGGCAGGGAGCCAUGAAGUGGAAGUACAAGAGAGGGCACGGAAUGUACUUGGUCUAAUCGAGUUGGUAGAUCAAGAACUUUGUGAUCCUUUGAUCCAAAAGGAAGAGAAUUUUGUAGUGGAAGAAUUAAAAGUGUCUAAAGUCGUCCAACUGAUGCACAGUGCCUUUUCUGAGGAACUUGGUCCAAUUUCGGUCAGUGCUCAAGAUAGGGUACCCAUUCCAGAUGGACUGGUGCUCAAGGAAAAUCUCAAUGACUUGGAAGAGAUUUGUGGCAAUAUAAGGUUACCUGCUACGGACUCCUUUUCCUUUGGGAAACCUCAUUUUGGGGGGAGUGGCGGCACUUCUCCCCUUAAUGGGCAAAAUGAAGAGGAACCAGAACCAUCAUCUGAGUCCACAUCACUGCUUGCUGAGCACCGCAAGAGGCAUGGCUUGUAUUAUCUUCCAUCAGAUGUAAAGGAAACUAUAUCCGGUGACUACCCACCAGCAAAUGAACUUAAAUUGACGGAUGAUGAUAGUGUGAAUGAUCUUGUCAAGCUUGCGGAGGAGUCAUUUGUCUUAAAGAAAAAACCCAACCAAACAAAGCCCAGACCAGUUGUUGUGAAGUUGGAUGAAGGAGAUGAAGUACGUACUGCAGCCAGGAAGACUGAGUUAAAAGAUGAUAUGAUCUCUGGUGCUGUGCGAGAUGUUCUUUUAGGUAAUGAAGACAUGCCCACUUCAUCACGAGGCAAGCCAUCUGAUAAGUCUUCUUCAAUCAAGAAAAGAGGGAAGGAGAAGAUAAGUGUUGUUCAAACUUUGGAAUCAAAAGAAAGUUCCAGUAAUGCUAACAAUUCUGAGGUUGCAAAUCCUAGUUCAAGGCAAAGUAAACAUCAUUCUCAUGGAAAAGAGAGGAAACACAGAAGUCGAGGCAAGAACAUUGAGGAAAGUGAAGAAAAAGGCCAGAAAGAUAAGCAGAGAAGUCAUCAUCAUCAUAGUAAGAAUAAAGCUCGACAAAGAGCAGAUGGGGCUGUCAAUGUAGUUGCACAAUCACCAGUAAUCCCAGAUUUUCUACUAUAGCAUUAGAACUCUGAACCAAAAUAUCUUAACAGCUUGGAAAACUUGAACAGCAUUGCCCCUGUAUAAUUCUACUUUGCAUCAAAGGUCAGUUUUGCCGUAGAUUUGGUACAUUUUGUAUUUCUUUACAAAUUUGUUUCGUUCAAAUCAUCUGUUUUUUUUUUUUUUUUUUCGUUUUGAUUAGAUUGUGGUUGUUGGCAUAUUUUUUGGGAUUGGUUUUUUUCAUUGUACAUGUGAAACUUGUCCAAGUAUCCUGUGCUUGUAAGGUGAAAGUGUGCCAGAUCUUGUUCCUGUUUUCAGUUAAAAGAAAAUGUUAUGUUUCAAUUUUGGCACUUUAUGAUAUGAAUAUGAAGGCAGAUGGAUAUAUAUUCCAAUUCUUUUAGAUUUAUUUCUUAAGUUUGAGCAAGAGAAACAUUAUGCUGUUCUCGAAGAAGGAAAUUUUAAUUGCUGUGGUUUUGGUUUUUGAUGGUACUGUGGUUGUUAUAUUUAUUAAUUACUUCAAGACAGAGCAUCAUGGAUAAUUGAUUUGGAUGACAAUUAUCAUAAAGUGGCAAAAUUGGAGGGAGUGGAAAUCUGAUAAUUUUAAACUUUUAGCCUACAGUAAAUGGUUUGAUAAGUCUAAUCCAGGACAGGCAAAAUCAUAACUAGUGGACUAUGCUGAAAACAACAUUAUGCAAGACAUCCACAAAAUCUGAUGGUGUUCAUAACCACUAUAUGGACACUAGUUGUGACCCUUUUUGAACACAAGACAUCCACACAAGCGCCUGGCACCUGUUCAAUCAUUUUCCUUUGUUCAUGUUCUAGUCUUGGAUGCUUGGGUGACAA